CUUUGGCUCUCAUCCUGGAACACCAAAAAAAGUAGGAAAAGGUCAGGCAGCCUUGAGCGCGGGGUGCUUGGCCAGGCUCUCUGUGCUGCUUGCAGCACCUCCGCCAGUCCUCAGCCGCUGGUCCUCCCGCCUUGAGUGUGGAACACGUCUGUUUUACCCCUGCGCUGGGAAAGAAAGCCUCAGUCCCAAGGGAGGUGAGGCGUCUGCUGGGGGGAGGGAAGAGAUUGCUGCUACCUGCAGGCUGCUCCCUACCCCCCAACCCCAACCCAGGCGCCUGCUUUCGUCCCCUCCUCUCCUGCUUUUGUCCCCUACCCCCACCUCCGUAUUGGUGCUGGUUUGCAGCGCUUGGCUCCUGCGCCUCCGCUUCUUGUUUGAAUCUGGCUCGCCCCUCCGUAUUAUGUCUGCACUCCGAAGGAAAUUUGGGGACGAUUACCAGGUAGUGACCACUUCGUCGAGCGGCUCGGGCUUGCAGCCCCAGGGGCCAGGACAGGGCCCGCAGCAUCAGCUUGUACCCAAGAAGAAGAGGCAGCGGUUCGUGGACAAGAACGGCCGGUGCAAUGUGCAGCAUGGCAACCUGGGCAGUGAGACCAGUCGCUACCUCUCGGACCUCUUCACCACCCUGGUGGACCUCAAGUGGCGUUGGAACCUCUUUAUUUUCAUCCUCACCUACACUGUGGCCUGGCUCUUCAUGGCGUCCAUGUGGUGGGUGAUCGCUUACACCCGGGGCGACCUGAACAAAGCGCACGUUGGCAACUACACUCCCUGUGUGGCCAAUGUCUAUAACUUCCCCUCUGCCUUCCUGUUCUUCAUCGAGACCGAGGCCACCAUCGGCUAUGGCUACCGCUACAUUACGGACAAGUGCCCCGAGGGCAUCAUCCUCUUCCUCUUCCAGUCCAUCUUAGGCUCCAUCGUGGACGCUUUCCUCAUCGGCUGCAUGUUCAUCAAGAUGUCCCAGCCCAAGAAGCGCGCCGAGACCCUCAUGUUCAGUGAGCAUGCGGUGAUCUCCAUGAGGGACGGAAAACUCACUCUCAUGUUCCGGGUGGGCAACCUGCGCAACAGCCACAUGGUCUCCGCGCAGAUUCGCUGCAAGCUGCUUAAAUCUCGACAGACACCUGAGGGUGAGUUCCUUCCCCUUGACCAACUUGAACUGGAUGUAGGUUUUAGUACAGGGGCAGAUCAACUUUUUCUUGUGUCCCCUCUCACAAUUUGCCACGUGAUCGAUGCCAAAAGCCCCUUUUACGACCUGUCCCAGCGAAGCAUGCAAACUGAACAGUUCGAGGUUGUGGUCAUCCUGGAAGGCAUCGUGGAAACCACUGGCAUGACUUGUCAAGCUCGAACGUCAUACACUGAAGAUGAAGUUCUUUGGGGUCACCGUUUUUUCCCCGUCAUUUCUUUAGAAGAGGGGUUCUUUAAAGUUGAUUACUCCCAGUUCCAUGCAACAUUUGAAGUCCCCACACCUCCGUACAGUGUGAAAGAGCAGGAGGAGAUGCUUCUCAUGUCCUCCCCUUUAAUAGCACCAGCCAUAACCAACAGCAAAGAAAGACACAAUUCUGUGGAGUGUUUAGACGGGCUAGAUGAAAUUAGCACAAAACUUCCAUCCAAGCUACAGAAAAUUACUGGGAGAGAAGACUUUCCCAAAAAACUCCUGAGGAUGAGUUCCACAACUUCAGAAAAGGCCUAUAGUUUGGGUGAUUUGCCCAUGAAACUCCAACGAAUAAGUUCGGUUCCGGGCAACUCUGAAGAAAAACUGGUAUCUAAGACAACCAAGAUGUUAUCUGAUCCCAUAAGCCAAUCUGUGGCUGAUUUGCCACCAAAGCUUCAAAAAAUGGCUGGUGGACCUGCCAGGAUGGAAGGGAAUCUUCCAGCCAAAUUAAGAAAAAUGAACUCUGACCGCUUCACAUAGCAAAACACCCCUUUAGGCAUUAUUUAAUGUUUUGAUUUAGUAUUAGUCCAAUAUUUGGCUUACAAGAUAAUCCUCCCUGUGAAAUCUGAGAGGUCUAUCUCCCUCCAGCGAGUAUAUGAGAGAACUCUUCAUUCCAGUGUUGUUACCGUGCAGAACAUGAGUCAUGAAGGGAGGCCACCAUAAGGAAGUUGUUAGUGGGCAUGUAUUAUCACACCAAGCAUGCAAUAAUGUGCAGAUUUUGCAUUUAGUUUUAUGGCAUGAUUUAUAUAUGGCAUAUUUAUAUUGAAUAUUCUGAAAAAUAUAUAAAUAUAUAUUUGAAGUGGAGAUAUUCUCCCCAUAAUUUCUAAUAUAUGUAUUAAGCCAAACAUGAGUGGGUAGCUUUCAGGGCACUAAAAUACAUACAUACAUACAUACAUACAUACAUACAUACAUACAUACAUACAUACAUACAUACAUUCGCACACAAUACACUUAUAUAUAACAUACCCAUACAAACAUAUAUAUCUAAUAAAAAUUGUGAUGUUUUGUUCAAAUUUGUAUUUCUUGUGCAUGUUUACUUUAUUAGACUAGGGAGGCUGCUGGCAUUGAUUAUGAAUACCAAAUAUUUUAGCCUUAAAUUAUUUGUUAUUUAAUAAUCUGAUUUAAUGUUUUCUGCUGUUAAGAUCAUGGGAUCUUUCAACUGUACUUUAUCCUGAAAGAUUAGCAGAAGGUUGUGGUGUUUCUGACACCAUGGAGAUAUCACUAUUAUGUAUUUAAUUUGUAAAUUUUAGAGUGUGCCAGUACCUGGCACACAUCAUUAAACUUUUCUUAUGAUUUUUAGACCGCACUAGAACUUGGGGGUGGGGCGAGUAAAUAAAAGUUGAUCAAUUCGUCAAUUAGGCUUUUCCUAGACCAGCUAAUACUGGAAGCCGAAUUUGUACACAGUUUAAUAAAAAUCUGAGCUCUGAACAAAUGCUGGAUCAUUGGAAUAGUAGAGAGAUUAUUUUGAAUACUUCAGGCUGUGUGAAAUUUAUAGGGUAAUGGGUGGCUAUUUCAAAAUGAGUUGGUUGCAAAUGUUUUCUUCUUUUUUCUGGAAUUCUUGUCAUCCGUAACAAGACCUGUAGAUCUUUUGAGAGACAUGACAGUGCAAAGAAAUACAUGAUAAAUGCUGGUGUUGAAUAUGCCUAGGAGAGACUCUUUUAUGUCGCCUUCUUGUUUAUGGCAUUUGUUGUGAAACGAGAAACUUCUUCCUCAUCUGGAGCACUUACCUCAGGUCUGUUACUAGUAAUUUAACACAGAUCUGAGAGAAAUUAAAAUUGAAUGAAUUGACAAUGCUUUGUACACUCAGGAUUUUUUUUGUUUUGUUUUGUUUUGGUGUUGAACAAUUAUUUUUAUUGAUGCCUUGGAUCCCUGGCCUCCAGAAUAAUUUUAGCAGUACUAUUUUUAACCGUCAACAUCUGGUCGGUAUCAAACAUGAUCGGUAGUACACAUUUAGCACAAAGGUUUAGAAUGAAAAAUAUUUUUUUUGAAAAAUAAAAAAAUACUUCUUAGCAGACUCGUAUGCAUUUUCCUAUACAAUUUCUCUGAAGUUUUCAAUCCAACUUAGCCCAGAGUUAACUCACCUCUCAUUAAUAUAUAAAUCACUGAUGGAUGGUUUGAGCACACAGUAUUCCUUAUUGCUUGCCAAUCCUGUGAUAACUUUAUUAGAGACAAAUUAUGACAUCUGCAGUAUAUCAUCCAUUAUAUCUUCUGGCUACCUCUGUAUCAUCCAAAUUCUGUAGGUGCAAACACAUAACAGGGAAUUACUACUGGAAAAAUGAUCAACUUUAGCAUCCAUCCACUGUGAAUAGAGCAGUUGCCCUACCCCUUGAUCACCAAUUGUUCUUAUUUGCCAGAUGAAGAUGAUGAAAUAUCAGUGACAGGAAAUGGGGACCAGUGGGUAUGGUCUGCUUAGCAGUGGAGGAGGCUGCAGAGAUCAUUUCGUCCAACACCUUAAAACUAUACAGAGCCAUAAACCCUUUGGAGAGUCUUUUUAAUUUGUUUUUGGUAUUGUGAAGAAGAACCAAAAACAAACUCUCUGAAUUUAUUCACUUAACAAAAUUUUUUGCAUGCCUUCUUUGUCCUAGGCAUUGUUGUUUUACUUUUGUUCCUGGGGAUUUGACAUGUACACUGUAUCAGCAGGGAGUGUAGGGAGAGAGAAUGAGGGAGAGGGAGAAAGGGGAAGGACAGGGACAGGGUUUCAGAGGAGAGCAUCCAGUAGUCAAUAUUUCAAACACGAGUAUGAACACAAGAUAGAAAUGGAAAUGAUUGUGGGCUGUUAACUAUUCAUAAGAUGAUACUUAGAGAGUUGGUUAAUGUUUAACAUUAGGACUGAAAACUUAAUGAUAUGAAAAGAACCAGUGUUGCCAAAAUAAAUCAAUUUAAGAGAACAGUACACUUUUACCUUUUCCGCAUACGUGUGGGAACAGUAUGAUUUCUGCAUGUACUUGCAGUUUAAUCCCUAUUUCUAGGUUGGUCAUAGGAUCCAGUCUGCCCAGGAAAAUUACAGUUUAUACUUGUUGUACUUGUGUAGUUAUUAGUAGCCCUCUCUUUGAUUACUAUUAUGUCCUGGUUUGGAUGAUAUAUGGUAAAGUUUUGUUGACACUAACAAAAUUAUCAAGUCUAAUAUAUUUGGAAAAAAUAAAGAAUUGCUUUAC